AUGCUCAGGAGCCGUCAGGAUACCGGUCAGGUUACAUGUAGACAGUCAUACGCGUGGAACACUAGAAACUCCCCUUGGCACCCAUCCGAAGCACAGAUCGCCCGGGUUGCUGGGCUCGGAGACCCGGCUUAUGUAAUACGCUGCUUUCACCACCUUACCUGGUAUCUGGUAUCUGCUCGACAAUAUGAGGACCCUGAGGAGGACGGAAAGAAGUCCAUUUCUUCCCACAAGGACCGCCCCCGGCCCCGACACUCACGGCAUGCUCUAUGCAACCCCACGAUGACAAUGCCGAAUGAAUGGUUAUGGGACCGCACCGGUACAGCCGUUGCCAACGGCGUAGGAGGCGUACAUGCUAGGGCACGCCUCGGAGCGUUAAGCAUCUGGCACUUUGCCGCAAAAAGGGUGCCCGCGAUGGCUCGAAGCCUUAGUCCUUUACGGAUAGAGCGAGCAAAUCCCAAGUGGAGAGAGCCCAGCGGGCAGGCGCCUCGAUAUAAUCCAGGGCAAGUUCUCAAAAAAAAUCAAUGGACUCCAAAACAAGCGUUUGACCACAAAUUUCAGCCCAUUUUCACUUCUCCCACCCCCAGCUAA